UCGUCGUCGUCGUCGUCGUCGUCGUCGUCGUCGUCGUCGUCGUCGUCGUCGUUGCUGAAGUUGCUGCUAUUGGUGUACACGUUGUUGCACCGUCUGUCCUCCCCCGCAGUCGCAGCCGCGUUGCCACCCUCGUAGUCUCCCGCGUUUCUGGCGUGUCUCCUCCCUGCCCCCAGCUCCUCCCUCUCCUGCCGCUCGUUGUCGGGGGCGCGCGUCUUAACCCCUCCCGGAAGUCGGAUGAGUGGCGUGUACGAGUCCGAGUGAAAGGGACAGCCAGAGAUCAAUCAGUAGUGGCGCGUGUAUGAGUCCGGGCGAUCCGGCGUGCCGGGUUCCCACCCGGCUACGCGGCGGCGCGUCCACGGGCCCUUCGUCGUGGUCACCCUCGGCGCGUUCACAGUGCUCGGUGCCGCGGCCCGGUGAAUUCGCAGUCAGGCCAAAGAGCGAGAAGAGCCGUCGUCGGCCGGCCGAACCGCCAGCUGCCGAAGCUUGUGAGCGGAAGAAGGUGCGCGAGGUCGUCGGCAGGGGUAGUCACAGAGGUCGGAGAGGUGGAGUCAUCGCGGGCGGCGAUCAUCGCGGGUUUGAAUGGGUGGGCCGGGCGCCGGUAGGGUUACCAGGCACGAGCUGAACGCGGUGCCCCAGAGCCACGUCGAUCACGGGGAACGUGUCCUCGUUAUUGGCGAGCCGCCAGCAUCAUCAGGCUGCCGCUGUCACGCUCCGGAGCGAGCAUCCGGCAGUGCCGACCGCCCGUCCGCCCAGCAACUACCACCCUCGCCGCCGCCGCUUACCUCCCUACAUAUCGGCAACAGCAACGGCACCGUCUGCGCCGUCAUCAGCUGCAACAACAACAAUAACAUCAACAACAACAACAACAGCACCGCCAAGCCGAGUGACGGCAAAACUAAGAAAGCGGCCGCCAUGUCUUCUCCGCCGAAACAUCGCCGGGGCUUCGACCCCAACGACCCGGCGGAAUAUCACCGCUAUCGUCGCGUUAAGACGAAGCAGCGAGGCUUUGUAUGUCCCACAUCGUGUGACCUUCGGCGCCGGACACAGACCUCCCCGAGAUCCCCCGACACAUCCACCAGCACAAGGCAUUAUAAAACACACACAAGCUUGCGAUGUUCGAUGUUGGACCGCUUACUGGUUGUAUCCCCGCCGCUACAAUGCGACGAAAGUAUGAGUCACAUGAUAAUAAAAAAAGAUAUAUAUAUAUAUAUAUCAUCCCCGACUAUAUAUAUAAAUAUACAAUGACAUGUGCAAAUGUAUAUCAAUCCAAUGUUCUCCUCUUGGAGCGUAUCUUGCGGCAUUUAGCAUGACAUUGUCAAAUUAAGGAGCGGUGAGAUAUGGACAAUAGAUUCAACGUGUGACACCUUGUGCGAAUAUAUCGUGUAUACAUAUAUGCAUAAAAAAAAUCUGAGCCAAGAUAUGUGUAAUAUAGAUAUGUGAUGCGAUACAUGUAUACACACAUGUAUGUACAUACAACAAAUGGAAAAAAAAAGAAAACAAAAAAGAAAUAACAGAGAUCGUAUAUAAAAUGUAAGGAUAUAUGUACGUACGAAACAAUAUAAGAUCGUCUAACGAGAUCGUAGAGGUAUCACUGAUUAAUAAAUCGUCUCCUUUCGUCCGCAUUGUACCUUGAUCGAUUAGGCGAAGGAGGGGAGAUCCCUGCCGGGUGUACCCUGUAUACGGAUAAAAUGUCAAGAACGAAAUUACCCAGCGGCAAAUCACCUGUGUAAAAUCGCUCCCUGUGUCUUGAUCGGAGCUUGGAAUGCGCUGCCAUGCCGUGGAAUGGAAUGGAGAGGCUUGCACUUGGGCGGAAACAAAAAAAAUCAGAGCCACCAGCUUUCACGCACUGCCGCGUUAUCUCGAUGUCACAGCGCGCGCGGCGAACGGCUCCGUGGAAUGCUUUGUUUGGUGUGUCGACUCCGAGACAGAUUUUGGCUUCUGCUUGGAAGAUAUGUACGAGGAAGCACCCCUGGAAAAUGGAAUGAGCGCCUUCUCACCAACUCCCGCCGGCCUCUCUUUAUUGUUUUAUCUCUCUUUAUUUCUUUCCUUUUACAUUGCUCGUCUCGCGUAAGCAUCCCGCCUCCCUUUAGUGAGUUGUGUUCCGGCUCGCUCGCCAGCGUGCUCGACAUACCGACGGUGGACAUGCAUUGUCUCGAAAAAAUCAAAAUUUCGGAAUUUGCGGAAAUUGGGGGACGAUUUCCCGUAAAACCGCAA